GCGACACGGCCAUAAAGGAGCGUCUCUCCUCCACGUCGGCCCUUUUCCAAGUGGAGCGUUUACUUUUGACCGGCGAAGAUAUUAUGAGGAUUCCACGGACCGAUUUAGCCUUGACAUUCUGGCUAUUUCUAGAGGCUGUAGAGGCCAAAAAGUACUGCUGGUAUUUUGAGGGUGGAUACCCAAUAUACUUCAUAUGUCGCUCGUACGAGGACUGCUGCGGGACUCGCUGCUGUGUCAGAGCUCUGUCCAUCCAGAGACUCUGGUACUUCUGGGUGCUGCUGAUGAUGGGGGUGCUGUUCUGCUGCGGUGCUGGCUUCUUCAUCCGGAGAAGGAUGUAUCCUUCGUCUCUUAGAGAUGAGCCUGCCUUCAACGUAUCUUUCACCAGACACCCUGUCACCACACCGGUUUCCCAGCAGCCGGGAAGCAUGCACGGCUUCGGCGUGAACGGAAUGACGGGUGGGGACCCAACGCUUACCACGACGCACCCCGCAUAUCCGCCACAGCCCGGCUCCACCCACAUGAUGCUGGCCUCCUACCCUCCUCCGCCAUCUUACUGCAACCACCCGCCACCGUCCUACGAACAAAUUUUCCACAACAGCGACAAGAAGUAACAUCUGCAAGCACAAUAAGGAGAAGAAGAAGGAAGUGCACCAUUUGUUUGAACCUUAACUAUUUUGUGAGAAGAGUGGCACUCUGUUUGUUGUCCUGGAGAAAAGACAAAAAAAAAACAGGCACAGCAGUCCAAAUCUAGAUCCACAUGCACACAUUCAUUUGCAUUCACCACUUAUUUUCUUCAUCAUUCAAGUGGAUCAGGUGGACUCACUGUCACCAGCUUCCUUUUUCCUCUCAACUGCACAAUGUUUAAUGCCAUUGAAACGUGCCAUGUAAUAAAAAGUGGGAUAUUA